AUGCGCCUCCCUCGCCUCCGCCGGAGCAAGGAAGACACUCUUGCGCCCGCCACCCCGGUCUCGGCACAGCCCGCCCCCAGCGAGAGCCCGCGAGGGCUGGCCAAGUGGCAGGCCAUACUGGAGGAGCAGGCGCCAACGCCAGCGGCCGCCUCCAUGGCGAUCGCUACGGUCAGCCCCGACGUCAUCGUCCGGAGCCCGGUAGCUUUCCUCUCCACCGCCGCCGACGACGAGAGCUACGAAGUGGCCGGAGGAGUGGUGGCUGCGGUGGUCGGCGGCAGCGGCGGGCUGGGCAGCUCCCGGAGUCGUACCAACACCGCCGCACCGCCGCGGUGGCUCGCCGACCACGCCGACGCCAACGUCCAGCAGUACCGCGCCAACGCCCAGCUGGGCGCACUCUCCGCCCUGUGCCCCGUCCACCCCCUCCUUUGCGACUGA